AUUUUUCACAUACAUCACUGAAAACCCUAGUCACACAUCGUUCAGUAAACACAACCUCUUCUUUCCCUUUUACGGAAAAUCUUGUCCAUUUUUUCAGGAAAAUUCAUCUUCUGUUCUCGUUGACACCACCGCACACCCUCUAAACGCCUUCCCUCCCUUCUUCAAUCAGUCAUGGCGGAUGACAGUAUUGCCAACGGCGGCGUAGAUGAUCAGUACGGUGAGGAAUGGGCGAUGAAGAUCGAAGUGUUGCAACGCGAACGCGAUGAAUUGGUGAACGAGAACGCCACGAGGAACGAGGAGAUCAAGAAGCUGACGGCGGAGCUCGACAUUUUGCGAAGAGACGGCGCGGCGAAUAGCGAGAAGAUCGAGGAGAUGCAGCGAGAGGUGGCGCAGUCGCGCGACGCGGCGAAGGCGGCCGAGGUUAUCGCGGCGAGGGCAGCGGACCUGGAGACGGAUGUGGCGAGACUACAGCACGAUUUGAUAUCGGAGAUGGCUGCGGCGGAGGAGGCGAGGGCGGAUGCUUCUGAGUUGAGGAAGGACUUAGGGGAGAAGGAGUCGUUGGUUGAAUCUCUGGAGAAGGAACUGACAUCUUUGAAGAAGGUGAAGGCAGAGGGUGAGGUUAGGAUUAAGGAUUUGGAGAGGAAGAUUGGAGUUCUGGAAACCAAAGAAAUUGAGGAAAGGAACAAGAGGAUUAGGUUCGAGGAGGAGAUGAGAGAUAAGGUCGAUGAAAAGGAAAAAGAGAUCAAUGGUUUCAAACAGAAGUUGGUGGAAUUGGAGAAGGUUACUGCUGAGAAAAAAUCUGAGUUGGAAGAGUCGGUUAAGCAGAAACUAAGGUUGGAGGAGGCACUUAAAGAAUCUGAUGAGAAAGUAUCGGCUUUGGAAUCAAGUAUUCUUCAAUUGCGUGAGGAAGCAAAGGAAGCUGAGAGGGUGAUUUUAUCGCUAAAUGAGAAGGCGGUUAAGACUGUUGAGAAUAUUGAUAGAGGUUUAAAUGGCAUACAUGAUGAAGGGAAAGGAUUGAAGUUGCAGUGGCCGGUGGUGGCAGCAGGGUCUACAGGAGCUUUUGUUGCGGCGGCUGCCGUAAUCUAUGUGUGCUAUGGGAAACGGAAGUGAUUUCAUAUGACCAAUCAUCGAUUGGAAGAGGAGGUUGUAGAGGUUAGAUUUACCAGCCCUUUAGUCACAGAUAUGCUGCAAUUUUGUUUUUCAUAAAAUAACGCUUGUUCUCUGGCUUUUAUUUUUGGAGCCUGUGGAAUUUUCAUGUAUGUUGAAGUUGGCAUACUUGUUUGAUUGUUAGUUUCCUAUGACGAGGAUCGAACCACUGUGUGUUGCAUUUAAUAAAUAGGUUUCAAAAUUGAUAUUAGAUGUUUCUUUGUGUUUAGUUUCACCUUAUUUGUUUGGAGGAUAGACAUUCGGCAGUGCUGGCAGUUUAAGGCAGCAUUCGGCAGUUUCUGAAGUUGAUUUCUCUGCAAUUUGUCUUUUCCACAGUGAUGUCUUUGAAUGUAGAACCCACCCGGUGAAUCAUAUGAUCUUUUAGGAUUAAAUGAUAACGCUGAUUUGUUAGUGCUGUUGCCCAAUUGCCUUUUUGUCUUGCUUGGUGUCAUUUUGGUUGGGUUUGAUGACUUUGGAGAAAUCACUGCAAUAUGCUCAGAGAGAGUUUUUCUCUUUCUGGUCUUGUUCCUUUUUUUUUUCAUUGCUUAUACCCCAUUUGUGGCGAUUGUAUUCCGAAGAAGUUCGGAUUUAGUUGAAAGUUUUUUCAAUUGUA